AAUGUUUCUCUAAACUUCUCUUUAUUUCCUCUAUUCCAAUUUUGAACAUGUGUACCAGAACAUUUAUAUCCCCUUUCAUCAUUUACUCACAGUUUUGAUUUAUCCUUAGUUAAUACUGCUGGAUUCAGGUAACGGGUUGUGGUUUACAGUAGUGCUUAUAAAAUUCACUUUUCUAAAAGGGUAAUCAUAUCUGGAACAUAAACUGUAGUGUUAAAGGGGUCCAUAACGCAAAGGAUUACUAGGUUCUGGGAAGGGGGUCCUUUUACAUGUUUAGCCCUAGUUCGGGUUGUGACAGAGAAAGUGAAGACUAAUUGAGCAGUUUGUCAAUUUAUGAAAAGGUGGCAAGUGUUUGGUCAUUUUAUUUUUAUGGAUGUAAGCUUUAUUAGAAUUUUUUUUUUUACGUUUGAUUUUUUUGCCAUCUAUAUUAAUAAAAAUGAACCCCGUUGCAGAGUCAUCACCAUGCCUCUCCUCACCACCCUCUGAGUCAGUCAACUAGUCCUCUUUCAGCAUCAUGUGACCGCUGACCAGCGUGCCCCAAUCAGCUUGGCUGAUGUCGUGUUACAUGACCCAGGCAUGGCCAGUCGUCAGGUGGCACCAGCCUUUUGGUUCCUGAGCAUGCCGUUCCCAGCACCCUCCUCCAACCUAAACCCAAACGGCAGCGGCCCAUCCCACAUUACCGACCAAUCAGCUUCUAUACCUUUUCCAUUAUGAACACAACUAUCUACGACCAGCUGCACUCGGCUUACCUAUUAAAGACAGGGAAAAUCUACAGCCGCCCCCGCCAGCCAACCAACUACAUAUCUCCAACAUUUGCAACAUGUGGCAAAUCCUCUCUGCAAAUUCGACCUCCCUCGCCAUCACUGUCUGGCCUUCUUGCGUCAUUUCUAUCUUGUCCAAAUCCCCCCAAAUAGUAAGUUGUUUUUCUCCUGCUUUUUGUAGUGUCAUGCUUAAUCUAGAGCUGCUUGAGCUUGAAUAUGAACUUCACAGUUAAGUAAUUGUACUCCCAGAGUACAAAUCAUAAGAGUUUGGGAACUCCAUCCGUAGGUCCCUAAUUCAACCUAUAUCCCUAAAUUCAAAUGUUGUGGUUCCAUGCACUGCUGGAAAUCUUGUAUUGGUGAUAAAGCACAAGGCCCUAUUUAAUUUGUUGUGACGUCCACUUAAAAAGCACGUUGACUUAUCUACUGUGCAUUGCAAUAUGCUGGUAACAUAUUGGAAAUCUGGUUGUACUGGAGCAAAUGUAUUUACCCUCAGAGGUGGCUCACCAAACAGUACUUUGGUCCAAGUAAAGGUUGCUGAGGACUCUUUCCCCCCCCACCCCCCCUUUCCCACCUGCUCAGAAAAGGGCGAUGCUGUGGUUGGUGUUUUAUAAUGAUUCCAAUGGAUUUGAUUUAAUAGGAAAUGGCCUGGGGUAUUCUUAAGUCAUGGACCCUCACCUAUCAUUUUAUCCCACCCAUUCCUCAGAUCUCCCAGGAGGAGGAGCUUCAGUCGGAGCCGCAGCAGGUCUCUUUCCAGAGACAGAAGACGAGAUAGGUCUCUGUCCAGAGACAGGAACCAUAAACCCUCCAGAUCCUUCUCAAGGUCAAGGAGUCGCUCCAGAUCUAAUGAUAGGAAGUGAGGAUCGGAACUUGAACUCAUACAAAACCAGAAGAUUUCCGUGGUGUAGAAUCAGGUUAUGGAUGGGUUAAGUUUCAUUUUAAAAUGACACGAUAUUUUAGAUUGUUCUCUUUUGAAAUGGGACAACUUCCUGGUUCAACUAUUUUCUGUAAUUGUCAACUAUCAUUAACUGAUUAACUGUAUGUGAGAAAAAGGUGCGUUUGGAAUAUUGUCUCCAUUAUAAGUUGCUUUCUACAGUACAAGUUGCUUUCUUUUCUAUUUGUAGUUGUAUGGGUAGUGAGUACCACCCAUUGCAUGUCAAAUAAGUUGGAUUGAUUCCUGGCAUGCAACUUCCCAUACUUUUUUGUUUUUUGAGGUAUUUUGAUUAAAACUUAGAUGCAAUGUUUGGUGGUUUUUUACUUUCGAUUUAGCUUUGUUUUAUAAUGACUUUUUUCUGUGGGGAUGUCAUAAGUACAAGACCAUGACUGAAAGUUUGUUCUUUCAGACAUUUACUGAAGUGCUCACUUAAGCUUUAAUGGUAAAUAAAUUGCUAUUGAUGUCAAUGUGUUUGAGAGUUUGACUCUGGCUAUUAGUGCGUACAUCAUGCUUAUGUCAAACUGAUCCAGAUAACACAAGGUACAAUUUCAACUCCAUUGCAUAUGGGUAAGAAUAAGUAAUUUAUGGUUUAGACAAAUAAAAAAAAAAAUGUUUUAGCUACCUAGUAUGUUCAUAGACUACAUUGGUAUAGCAAGUGGUAAAUGUUAAGUUUCCCCAGUAAACUGGUGUUUUGUUAUUUAUGAUGCGUCAGCUCACAACUAAAAGUAUAACUGACUUCAGGAAGUGUUCGGUUCAGGCAAUUGGUUGUGUUAAUGCACAGGAAGUAAGUUGUGGCAACAUAAAUAUGCACGAAAGUGGAGACAAAACGACAGGCUACGGUUGGUGUCAGAAAACGUGGGUUUUAGAUGGUUGCUGUUCCAGAAAUUCAAAGUUAAGAAAUUAUACUGUGAAACUGAGCUCAACGCUAUGCUGGCACUUCGCUGAAUAGUGUUUGGUGUUACACAGACAGACUUUUUAAAAGUUUGUCAGAAAUUAAGUCAAUCAAGAAUUGAGAGAUCAACGGCCACUUGAAAGAUGCCUAGAAAAAUUAAAAUUGGUACAUCACGAAGGUUGGGGAGGGAUAAUGGUGAAAAGAAAACCGAGACAAAUGAUCAGUCUCUUGUGUCGAUGGAGGACGAAGGGAUAAAUGUUAUGGCUAACGCUGCAUUGAGGAAAACGGAGCCCAUCUCACAGGACUUUGUUCAGUUAAUAGCUUCACAAUCUGAAAAUCCAGAAUUGGAUACCACAAAAACAAAAAGGAAACUUGGAUCUACCCGUAGAGUUAGAGAAAGGCAGGAUGUAAAUGAGUUGUGGUUAGAAGAAGCAUGUGGAAAUAAAAUAGAAGUAUUCAAUGAUGCUGCACCCAGUGAGGCUGUGAACAGUGAAUUGCAUCAAAAUGCUUCUCUAUCAAUUGAACCAUAUUCUCAUCGGGAACCAGCAGAAAAGCAUUUCCCAUCUUCUCUUAAGGAGACAAAAAGUAACCCUCCAUAUUUACAAAUUCUGCUAGACAAAAAUACUGCUCAGUCAAGUAACUCUGCGGACUUGGCACACUCUGCAAACACUCAUGCAAUUGUAGACAGUGAUAGAACGACAGUAAAAGAGGAAGAGCAGAAAAUGGAGCAUCAUUGGCAGAGGCUACAGGAGGAUAUGUUGUAUGAGUCACCCAUCAAACUAGAGAAGGAGGAGUCAAACAUGAUCAAAGCAGAGAGCCCUGUUGACAGAGGAUAUGAAAGCAGCUUGAAGUAUGACACUCUUACCCAAGAACAUUUGGACCAAUCUGAUUGCUCCUUACUUGGCAAGUUUACACUUUCAGAUCACACAGAGAACACAGUGUCUCUUUCUCAAAUCCCUUCUGAACUGUUGCAUCAGUCAGAGGACGUUUUGAGAUUUUGUCACCAAGUGACUGGACCAUGUGAUGAAAAUGAAAUACUGCACUUAACAGAUGAUUUCACUGACGAGACCCAGUCUAUGGUUAAUCUUGAGGAUAUUGACGCCGACUUCAACAAACAGGCUGAUCUGACUUUUGAUGAGCCGAUCAUAUUAAACCCUGAUGAUAUUUAUCUCUCAGGACAAGUUAGCCAGGAACCAAUGAACCAGAAACAUACGGAGUGCACGUUUGCAGAUCUGAGUGACACAAGGAACACAUCUACAAACCAGACAAGAGAAAAACCAACUGAACGUAACGAAUUGUAUGGGAAUGAGAAGGAAGAAAGACAUGAGGGUUUUUUGGUGGAGGACAUGUCACCACAUUAUAUGAAGAGACCACAUGGGCAAAAGGAAGACAUUGACCCCUUUUCACAGAUCUCACAAGCAGAGAUUUCUGGGAGGAUUCAGGAUUCAGGCACUGGAUAUUUUGCAAGUAAGGUUGCCUCUUUACAAACUCUCCAAACAGAUAGUUAUUUGUGUCAUCAAGAAACUACUACAGCAGAACCCCAACCAGUAGCAGGAAGGAGAAAGAUGGGGUCCACUCGCAGGCCUUGUAGAGAUUUUAUUGUGGGUGAGAACACAGAAGAUUGGGAUAAGGAAGAACACAUUGAUGGUGAAAAUAACAGAAAUGUCAUGGUGGGCGAAGGAGAAGUUUGUCAAGGGGAAGACAGAGACACGAAAGUAGAACUCAGUGAUGGUGAAAAUGGGGACAAAAUUAUAGGGGAGGAUGUCUUGACUAGAAGCGUCACUGAGGGAUUUGACUACUCAGGAAAUGUGAGUGAAAAUCAGUUCAACAUCUUUCAUGAACAUGAUUCAAAGACGAGCCUUAUUAGAGACAUUAGACAGCCAGAGGACGUAUUGUUGGCUGGUGCUGAUGAUGCUGUGCUUCAAUGUAUUUAUGAGUUCACUGACAGCAGCCAGACAUCAAGUCAAGAUGCGGACGUUCCUGCCCCCUCCCAGUCAGAUGACAGACUGAAUUUAAAUGUUAUUGUCUCUGAUGGGCAACAUAACCCAGCACCCAAUGAAGACACACUCCCUCAAUUAAGAGAGAUUCUCAGCUACUCUCAGUUUCCACCAUUACUGGGGAGAGCAGAGGAAAAUGUCAACUUAGAACCCAAUGGCACAAAAAGAAAAAGUAAGAUGGGCUCCACUCGUGGGAAUCCUAAAAGUUGGCAUGAUGAGGAACACACAAGAGAAGGGGAUAAACAAGAUACAACAGUCCCUGAGGUGAAAGACAGUGUCAACAUAGAUACCACUCCGAGUAUAGAAAAUAUAGACUUGAUGGAAUACACAGAAACCAUCAGAGAGGUGGAAAGAGGAGGUCAGUUGAGAGGUGGGACUGAUACUGAGGACAAAGAUUUGGAAGUCAUAGAUCUGCACCAAUCAAAUAGCAAGAUAACCUCUGAAGAGGGCAAUGAUAAUACUUUGCCCAAGCAACAUGUGUCAGAAUUCAAUAACGAGGAUCCCAUAAGAUCCAAAAAAAAUGAAAUCUUGAAAGAGAGAGAGAGACAGGAUAUUUUUCAUGGCCAUAACGAAGAAACUACAACUACUGAAGUUGAAUCUCAAAGCAACGAAACACAAGCAACCACAUGUGCAGACAAAGAUGUGGAAUAUGAUGAUGCAGUUGAAGUGACCAUGGAUAAUGCCCUCAUGACAGAGACUUGGACAAAUAAGGAAGAAAUAGAGGACCCAACAAAUUACCCAUUCACUGUGGAAGAGAGAGUUAAGCAGUCAGUGGAUCCAUUGAAGUUGAAGAAAGUAGCAAAAAUAUUAACAGUUUCACACGAAGACACACAUGAAGAAGCCAUUCCUAUAUCUGAUGCGUGUACUGAAAAUAUCUCGUAUCAACUUGAUGAAGCCAAAAUAUUACCAAUAAAUGUUCAUGAUGUGCAUGUAUCAGAACAAAGUCUGGAUGUAAAUGUAGCUGAUAACUAUUUGAGCCAGACAGAAAAUGCUAAGGAUUCUUCUUCCCAGAAACUUCCCGUAGAUAGCUCUCUCUGUAAUGAAGAAACACCUUGCAUGAACUCCAAAGCUGCAAAAAAGAAAAGAAAGAUGGGGUCCACUCGCAGGCCUUGUAGAGAUCUAAUUGUGGGUGAAAACACAGAAGACUGGGAGAAGAAAGAACACAUUGAUGGUGAAAAUAACAAAGAUGUCUUGGUGGGCGAAGGAGAAGUUUGUCAUGGGGAAGACAGAGACACAAAAGUAGAACUCGGUGAUGGUGAAAAUGGGGACAAAAGUAUAGGGGCGGAUAUCUUGACUAGAAGCGUCACUGAAGAAAAUGUGAGUGAAAAUCAGUUUAAGGUGUUUCAGAGUGAAUCAAAGGCAAGCCCUAUUGGUGACAUAACACAGCCAGAGGAUGUAUUGUUGACUGGUGGUGUUAAUGCUGCCCAAUAUAUGUAUGAGUUCCCUGACAGCAGACAGACACUAAGUCAGUAUGCUGAUCGUGCAAUGUCAUUCCAGUCAGAUGACAAACCAAGCACUUAUUCUAUCGUCUCUGAUGGGCAACAUAACCCAACUCCCUAUGAAAAAAAACACCAUCAAUUAACAGAGAAUCUCAGCUCCUCUCAGUUUCCAGAGUUACUGGAGAGAGCUAAGGAAGAAGUUAACGUAGAACUCAACACCUCACGGAGGAGGAAAAAGGUGGGCUCCACUCGUGCAAAUCCUAAAAGUAGGCAUGAGGAGGAACACACAGGAGAAGGGGAGAAAGAGGGUGCAACAGUUCCAAAGACUAUACCUGAGGUGGAGAACAUUGUCAAAACAGGAACCACUUUGAGGACAGAAAACAUUGAAUUUAGAGAAUCUGCAGAAACCCUUACAGAGGAAGAGAGAGAGGGUCAAUUGAGAUUAGUGUCUGAUGCCAAGGACAAAGGUUUGAAUGUCAGAGAACUACACAAAACAGAUGACACAAUUUAUAAGGAAAUAGAGGACUCACCACAUGACUUAUACACUGCUCAAGAAAAAAUUAAACCGCUUGAAGAUACAAUGAUGGUAGAGGACCCACACCAUGUAUUGGAAUCAGAUAUAGUGAAUUACCAAUGUAGUCAGUCAAAGGAUGUCGAAACGACUCCAAGGGAAUCUUCACACAGACUCCUCUCAGACAGUUCUUUGUGUCAUGUAGGAAGUCCUCCCACAAUCAACACAGGGAAAAAAAGAAAGAUGGGUUCAACUCGCAAGAAUCUACAUGGGACACAUGAAGAAAUACAUUACAAUAGGAAACUAAAGGGAGAUUUGACUGAGCCUGAGGAUGGUUCCAUUGGAGAACAAUACAAAGAAAGAGAGAAUGACAAAGCUACAGAACGCAAGUUCUGUCACAGUACUUCAAUUCAAGAGCAAGAGCAAACCAAAAAUGACAGUUUAGAAAUAGUUGGAAUGGCGGAUAACAGCCAAUCAAAAAAUGAUUUUGGGAGUUUUAAAAAACCAUCUGGGGUGUCAGUUCAGUUGGGGCAAUUUGAAGACAUGUUAUCUCAUAAACCUGCUGGUGAUGAAGACCUUUCACCAAGUCACUCAGAAUGUCGAGCAAACAUAAAGGAUCCAAUCCAAGAUUUAAACAUUGACCCCAAGGCCACAGGAAAGAGAACCAAAAAUGUCUCCUCUCUUAGCAAUUCGAGAGAAAAACAAGAUGAAUAUCUGAGACAAGAGAAACAGGAAGAGGACACCAAAGUGAAAGAGUUAGCAACAAAUGAUGAUCAUGUUGUUCAGAACUCUGACCCCUUAAACAAAUCCCACCAAUUAGAGGAUUUCUCUAAUGCCAACAACGAUGUUGAGAAUCCACAAGGAAAAAGAAAAAAGAUGGGUUCUCGACGUCAUGGCCAUGGUGAGUUCAACAAUGGAAAUAACAGAAAUGAACAUUGGCCUGGUUCCACCGAAAGUAACAAUGAUGACAUGUUACAUCUGGAUAAUCAAACAGAAGAUAAAGGCACAGAGAAGGUUGUUACUUUAGAUUUUGAAGGAAACAAGACACUCUUAUGCCGUGAUGGUCCUAUAAUCAGGCAGGAAGUGGGGUCUGCAGAUUGUUCUGGUAAAACACUGCCUGAACAACUGGAGCCAACACCAUAUGUAGGUGCUGGAAAUACAAGGAGCUCUGCAGAGCAAGUGGAGAAGACCUGUGAAGGAGAGGAAGUUAAGAAGAGAAUACAGACAAGACAACAUCAGGCAGACACUAGCACAAACCGUGUCCCUGGGCAAAGCCGCUACAACAUAGUGAUGGUUGGAAACAGCAAUGUAGGCAAGACUUCUUUCUUGAAGCAGUUCCGAAGUGGGGAGUUUUGUUCAAACAUAUGUGCAUCAAUUGGCAUCGAUACAUGUACACAGUCUGUGAUAGUGGAUGGGAAAGCAGUGAUGUUACAGUUAUGGGAUACUGCAGGUCAGGAAAGGUUUCGCAGCAUCACAAGACAGGUAUUUCACAAAGCUCAGGCAUUCCUGUUGAUGUAUGACAUCACUUCCUCUCAAAGCUUCAGUGAUGUCCGCUACUGGGUCACGUCUAUCCAGGACAAUGCUAUAGAUGAAGUCAUCAUUAUCCUGCUUGGAAACAAGAAUGAUUGUGCCAAGCGUCAGGUUGAGCCACAUGAAGCGGAAAGUCUGGCCAAGGAAUACAACAUUUACUUCAUGGAGUGUAGUGCCGCCACAGGGGACAAUGUGCAGCAAUCCAUGGAAAUUGUGGCAAGGUUAAUGAAGCAGAAAGUCGACGAGGCUGAAGAAGGAAGUAUGGUGUUGCACAAAGAGCCUCCAGUGAAGAAAUCUGGAAGCUGUUGCUAACCAGGAUGUGUCCACAGUUGUGCUUUAUGAACUUCUCUGUCUUAUUUUAAUAUGUCUAUAUGUCAUUUAGCUUCAGCAAAACUAGGCGUACUAUUUGUAAAUGCAAAUUCAGACAGAUGAUGACAGCUGUUAUUCAGGAUGGUGUUUUAACCUUUUAUAUACAGUAUACAUGCAGCUGUACAUCCUAACAAUCUUAAUUAUCUUAAUGUAUCUACAAUGGCAAAUACAAUGUAUUAAAUAAAAAGCUUCAUUUCUCAUUGA